AUGUCGAUGACUGCCCCACCGCCCCGUCCACCACGACCCGGGCGCAUCCGCGUUUUUCGCGCCCUCUAUGAUUACCAGGCUCGCUCGGACCAAGAAAUGUCGUUUUCCGAGGGCGAUCUCGUCUAUGUCUCCGAGGAAGGACCAAAUGCCGAUUGGCUGAGUGCUCGAUGUGGUGGCCAGAAAGGCCUGGUCCCUGCUAACUAUGUUGUUAGUGAAAAGGUGGAACAUUUGCCUAAUCCUCUCCACGAGGCCGCAAAGCGUGGAAAUAUCGAGUUUUUGACGGAAUGCCUGCAAAAUGAGGUCUCGAUAAACAGUCUCGACAAAUCCGGCUCCACGGCUCUUUAUUGGGCCUGUCAUGGAGGGCAUUUGGAAAUGACUAAAUAUCUCCUACAAAACACCAAAAUCAAUAUUAUGGCAAAAAACAAAAUCGGCGACACUGCCCUGCAUGCAGCUGCCUGGCGCGGACAUCCCCAGUGUGUUAAAUUGCUUCUAGAACGAGACGUGGAUGUCUGGGCAGAAAAUGAUGAAAGCAAGACAGCACUGGCAAUGGCAAAAGAUCCCGAGACCUCUGCGCUUUUGACUAGUCGAAUGAGGGCCACUCGCACUAAUGAAGACGAGCUCAAUGAAUACGACAGCGAUUCGGACGCCGAC